GAUUGAUGUUCAAGAUUACAUGAUGAUUUGAUCAUGUAAUUUUUGUUAUCUGCUCGGAUGGACCUCAGAAUACAUCUCUGGCUGUUAUUCUCGUGCUAUCCAAUGUCCCUUUAUCCGCGGCCCUAUCUACCUACUUCAUAACCACUCGAGCCCAGGGCUGCUCCAGCUGGUCAACCUGCAUUUAUCUCACUGGGCCACUACUCUCUGCAGAGGAAAUUACUGCUACACUCCUUUCAGAUCCUAUGACAUAUCGACAUGCUUGUCUUACACAGGUUGGCAAGGAAUCAUUUCUUGUUGUCUUUCCUGCUCGCCUUCCUCGCCAUAUAUAGCAUCGCCGCCUUCUACCUUUCCUAUGCCUGCCAUCGUGACCCCUCAUCGAUCUUCUGGCAGCCCGAGAAAGCACUCCAACUAUCGUACUCAGAAUUUCGCAAGGAGGAAGCCCAGAAGUUUACCGAUCAAGCUGAACGACUUGAGCAGGUCAAGUGGGACGAUGCCACGGCACCUCGACUCUGUCUCGGCAUUGGAUCUGUCAGUCGACACGGCUUCUCAUACCUGCGAGAGACACUUGGUUCUCUACUCGAAGGGCUAGACGAUUUAGAGAGACGACAGAUCUAUAUUACCGUCUUCCUAGCUCAUACUAAUCAGUCUCAACACGAAGACAGCAGCGCUAAGUGGUUGCAUAACAUUGCCGAUAGUCUACCCGCAUACCCGGACGAUGACCAGCUGAUAGAAUUUAUUCGAAGUCUGGAGGAAGAUAAAAGCUACUCGGCUCAUGCACGAAAGCACAAGAUAGACUAUUCAGUCCUACUAGGCGAGUGUGCCAAGGUACGACCAGCGUAUACCGUAACCCUGGAAGAUGAUGUUAUUGCACUAGAUGGUUGGUACCACCGCACAUUGUUCGCACUCCAGACCGCUGAGAGGAAGACUAGGGAGUUGGGGAGUAAUAAGUUCUUAUACCUCCGAAUAUUUUACGAUGGCCGCCUUCAGGGCUGGAACUCGGAAGAGUGGCCGUACUAUCUUGGCUAUAGCAUCCUCGUCGGUCUUAGCAGCCUUAUUCUGAUUUUGAGCUUGCGCCGGUAUUUCCCAGCCGCCCGGCAGGCCAUAACCGUAGAAUUUGUGGUAGUCAUAUGCGGGAUCUGUACGCCGAUGGUAAUACUUCUCAUCUUCGCCGCCGGGCGGAGUUGCGUGUUUCCCAAGCGACCAGGCGUCGACCUCAUGCAGAGGUACGGCUGCUGCCUUCAGGGUGUCGCGAUACCGCAAAAGCAGAUUACCGACCGGCUGCUUCCGCUGUUCCGCGACACGCAGGACUCGCACGCCGCCGCAGAUACGUUUCUGGAGGACUAUGCCAAUGAGCAUGAUGAGUUACGAUGGGCCAUAACGCCGAGUCUCAUACAACACGUCGGCGGCAAGAGUUCGCACGGGGUAGGCGGCCAAUUGAACGGCAGGAUCACGGGCGACAUGCCGUUCAACUAUGAUUUCGAGAAAAAUGAUCCUGCAAAGCUUGCUCAGGAGCAUAUGGCCUACAUUGAGGAGUUGAAAAAGCAUUUUGUAAACAUAUCAUCACCCAGAUAUCUUGAAUAAUCAACUGAGCCCAAUAGCAUUUGGAACGAAAUUCCCGUAGCGAAGUAUUAAAUAGGUAAACCCUAUCUGCACAUGCUACGACGUCAGACCUCUUUUGUGUACCUAUUUCAGAUAGGACAUGGCAAGAAGAAUGGCAAGACCACGAGUAGCGGCGCAUACUCCUGUCUCAACUCCGAUUCCUAUCGUCUGACGCUGACACGAGAAUCUUGCCGUCGGGCGAAAACGCCACCGAAUUGACUGGAUCGGUAUGCCCUUCGACCAUCUACAAGCAGCUGCUCCAGUAGCGCUCGGCUAACACUAUUAGACUAG